AUGCUCUCUGGCAAACCGGCGCUGCGGCGCAACAUCGAGGACCUGGGCGACCUCGAAGAGCAGGGCCUGCUCAUGCGGCGCGACGACAGCGGCGGGACCACCAGUCCUCGCAGUUCCGGCACGCCCAGACGCCGAGGGCCUGACGCCAACGCCGACAUUGUGCUCGAGAAAGUCCACCUCGACGACGAGCGCGACAUCUCUGGCGGUCCAGGACUCAAGAGCAAGCGCGACCAGCAGGCGUUUGCGCUCCUCGUCGUGCUGUACCUCCUCCAAGGCAUCCCCCUGGGCUUGACGUUUGGGACAUUGCCGUUCCUCCUCAAGCCGCACCUCUCGUACUCGCGCCUCGCGGUCUUUGCGCUCAGCACAUGGCCAUACUCGCUAAAGCUCCUGUGGUCGCCCAUCGUUGAUGCGUGGUUUGUGCCCAAGUGGGGCCGCAGGAAGAGCUGGGUCGUCCCCGUCCAGACCAUUGUUGGACUGGCGCUCGUGUUCAUCGGCUCAAAGGUCGAGGGCUGGCUCGCGGCCGACAUUGAUAUCCAUUUCCUGACCAUGGUCUUUGGCAGUCUGAUCUUUGCCGCUGCAACGCAGGACAUUGCAGUGGACGGAUGGGCUUUGACGUUGCUCUCGCCUCCCAACCUCUCUUACGCCUCGACGGCGCAGACCAUCGGUCUCGGUAUCGGCACGGCAUCGAGCUUUACCGUCUUCCUUGCACUCAACUCUGUCGACUUUACCAACCGCUACUUUCGCUCUGUGCCCGGCACCGAGCCUCUGGUGUCGCUCGGCCCCUACAUGCGUUUCUGGGGCUUCAUGUACCUCGUCGUCACCGUGUGGCUCAUCUUCUUCAAAAAGGAGGAUCCGGUCAGCGAAGACGACCCGGACCUGGACGUGAAGAAGGUCUACAAGAUCAUGUGGAGCAUUGUCCGUCUCAAGAACAUCCAGUCGUUCCUCCUCAUCCUCCUCAUUGCCAAGUUUGGCUUUCAGGUCAACGAGUCGGUCACCCAGCUCAAACUUUUGGAAAAGGGCUUGUCAAAGGAAGACCUCGCCGUGGCUGUCCUGCUCGAUUUCCCGGCCCAAAUGAUCGUCGGCUGGCUGGCGGCCAAGUGGUCACGCCCAGCACCGCCGGGACCCGACGAGGGCCGCCACCCGCUGAGCGCAAACAACGCGCGCGCCGCCGCUGCGUCUGGCGUCCUCCGUGUCUGGAUGGGUGCGUUCUGGGCCCGGCUGGCAAUGGCGACCAUUGCGGCGUUUGUGGUGUGGAACUUUCCCGAGGGCGGGAAAGUGGGCGGCGGAUACUUUGCGCUCGUGAUCGCCACCACGCUCAUGACGUCGUUGACAAACACGGUCCAGUUUGUGGGCAUUACCGCGUUCCACACACAGGUUGCCGACCCGCUCAUCGGCGGCACGUACAUGACUCUCCUCAACACCGUCUCCAACCUCGGCGGCACCUGGCCCAAGCCUUUGAUCCUGCGCGCCGUCGACCUGCUCACCAUCUCGACCUGCAGCGCAACCGGCCAAGAAUGUACCUCUGAAACCGGCAAGGCCAGCUGUUCCGCCGCCCAAGGCCAGUGCGUGAUCCAGCGGGACGGGUACUAUGUCAUGGAUGCGGUGUGUAUCACCCUCAGCGCCAUCCUGCUCGUCAGCCACAUCCUGCCGACCAUCAAGCGGUUGACCACGUUGCCCAUGAGUGCGUGGCGUGUCAAGAUACCCAUGUAA